AACAAAGGACUAAAAAUGUUGGUUGAAGAAAGAAAAAAGAGAGAGAAGAAACAUGGCUAAGAUGACUUUAACAUCUCAGCCUAGCAUCAGUUUUCUUGUUCAAAAACCAUUACUAGCCCCUUUUCCACUCAUUCAAUCUUAUGCUCUUAAGAGAAACCUAAGGAGUUAUCAUAUUCAUGCAAAAUUGGGUGGAGCAGAUGAAGGCAUCAAGAAACCAGAUGACAAAAAGAAAUUCAUCACCAAAGAAGAGGAACCAGAACAGUAUUGGCAGACAGCAGGAGAAAGGGAAGGAGAGAAUCCAAUGAUGACACCCCUCCCAUACAUCAUCAUUUUCGGAAUGUCUACUCCUUUCAUAAUCUUAGCAAUUGGUUUCUUCAACGGUUGGAUAAAAGUCCCUAUUCGAUAAGCAAAGCGGGACUGAGAACUUACAGAAGAAAGAAAGACGAUUAAUGGUAAACAGCUGAAAAACAACAUUUUGCAAUUUUCACAUUCAACUUUCCACUACCCCAAAUCGCUUUAUAUAAUAUGUAUACGUUGUCAAUUUGUAAGCUUUUUCUUGAAUGGGUGUGCUCAUGUACUUGUUAUGUUUCUGUCAAUAAAAAUUUUCUUGUGACAAAUAAAUACCGUCUGUUCUAGCUGC